AUGGCAUUCCUCUUCAUCAAGCAGAAGCUCUUCCCUACAAAACGAUCAGACAAAAUAUCCUCAGGCAAACCCCUCCUCGCUCGCAUUGACGAUGACGACAGCAUCGACGGAAACCCCAAUGAAGACCUCGAGUCCCAGAAUGGCCGCACCUACGACACCUUCGGACGGUGCCCCAGCCCAGACGAAUCAACAACAACAAUCACCAGCAACAGCAGCACCCGCGCACGUAUAAACCCACGUAUAGUCUCAGAUGCCAUCCUCGGUCUCUCAGACGGGUUAACAGUGCCCUUCGCCCUGAGCGCGGGUCUUUCCGCACUUGGAAACACAAAAGUCGUUGUGCUGGGUGGGCUCGCCGAGCUGGCAGCCGGAGCCAUCUCCAUGGGACUUGGUGGAUAUGUCGGCGCAAAGAGUGAAGCUGAAUCAUAUGAAACAACAGUCCGUGAAACACAAGAGUUAAUCCAAAUGGACCCGCAAGAGACUCGCGCCAUGGUCCGCGAGACCUUUGCUCCUUACGGGCUCUCGGACUCGGCGAUCGCGGAGAUCACGCACGACUUGCAUGCGUCUGAAGACCGUCUCCUUGAGUUCCUGAUUGCUUUCCAUCAUCGCGAGAUUGCACCUGACUGUAACCAGGCGUGGACUUCGGCCAUCACGCUCGCGCUGGGGUAUUUUAUUGGCGGGUUUAUUCCGCUUAUUCCGUACUUCAUUGUCUCGCAGGUUAUGGUUGCACUGUAUUGGAGUAUUGGCGUUAUGGCGAUUACCUUGCUUGUGUUUGGAUAUGUGAAGACCUGUGUUGUGCGCGGCUGGUCUGGCCGGGCUAAUGUGAUGGCUGGAAUCUGGGGUGGAAUGCAGAUGUGUUGUGUUGGAGGUGUUGCUGCUGGCGCGGCGAUUGGAUUGGUUCAGUUCAUUGAUAUGGGCAAUACUCGACCCUGA